UUUACUUUCAUGAUUACAGGAAACAAAGUCGCUGUGUGAAAUACUGAUUUAAGCGUUAGUUUAGUCGAAUUGUUUUUAAAAUUUUGUGACGUAUUCAAGCCAUUGAAUAAAUGGUAUUACUUAUAGGCGUCGCGAUCGUCGCCUUUAGUGUAUGAGCAUUGCGGCGAAGCCAGCGAAUCUGCACCGCCGGUGAGGCGAUCUUGGCGUGUGCUUUUCAAUCGUAUUCAUUAAUUUUGCCAUCAAGUCUCGGUGUAAGUUAUACUUCAAUGAAGUACAUUGAACGCUUCAACUGAUGUCCGCACGUUUCCGUGUCAAUAUCGUGCUGUGAAUCUGACUCGAAACAACCUUGCACGGUCACAUGGCUAGCCUCAGGUUUGUGCUGCGUUGGAACAAGCUACGUCCAUCGCACUCGUGCUGCUUGCGACGCUUUGAAAGUACCUCGACAGAACAUACCAAAGACCCAAACCCCGAAGUAAGACCAGAAAAGCAGAAGGGCAGCUUCGCAGAAGCGUUUCUGAAGUUCCAAGAGAUCAAGGUCGGCGAAGACGAACCGCGAGCCCCUCAGCGGUUCACGACGUUGCUCCGAAAUUCCAAGUUGAUGCAGCUUGGCGAUCCUGCAGGCAAGGUGGUUAUCGGGAAAAUAUUUCAUAUCGUUGAAGACGACCUGUACAUCGACUUCGGAGGGAAGUUCCACUGCGUUUGCAAGAAACCGGCGAGAAACCCGAGUGACUACGUCCGGGGCGCGAGGGUCAGGCUGCGCUUGAACGACUUGGAGAUGUCGUCUCGAUUCCUGGGCGCCGAGAAGGACCUCACCCUCCUAGAAGCCGAUGCUACCCCUGGGCGUCGUCCGGACGUCGUCGACACAACCAAAACAAGCCUAGCUUUACGCAACCAAAUCGAAGCAGCGGUCGCAUAUGCGUCCUAAUAGCGGUGGUUGAAAAAAAAAAAAAAAGAGUGAAAGAGAUACUACCGUCUUUGAAAACACGAACUAUUCAUUUCUUA